GUUUUGCCAGGUGGAUUCUGUGCCGCCCUGGACCGGCUGCUGCCCGUCGGCCCCUGGAGACCCAUCAGCACCUUCUUCAAGGCCUCGGACCUGCGGGUGGACUUGACCAAUGAGCCGAAGACCAAGCCGGAAGUGGGGCAGCUGCAGUUCGGGAAGCACUUCACCGACCACAUGCUGAUGGUGGAGUGGGACCGGGAGCGGGGCUGGGGCCAGCCCCACAUCAAACCCUUCCAGAACCUGAGCCUGCACCCGGCCUCCUCCGCCCUGCACUACGCUGUGGAG